AUGGUGUCGUACGCAGUUCUCGGUGCCACUGGCAACUGCGGCACUGCCCUUCUCGAGCUUCUCAUCAAGAACACUGAUGCCAAAGUCAAAGCCUACUGCCGCAACAAGGACAAGCUCUUUAGGCUAGUUCCAGAAGCCGCAAACAACCCCAGGGUCGAAGUCUACACUGGCAGCAUUCUAGAUGCCGAUCUGCUCGGCAAGGCAAUGUACGGCUGCAAAGCCGUCUUUCUUACAGCUACUACCAACGACAACGUGCCUGGAUGUCACAUCAGCCAAGACCUCGCGCACACCGUCAUCAAAGCGCUAGAAAAGACAAAGGCCGAGGGAAGCCAGGCUCCACCAAUGCCAAGACUGGUGUUGCUGUCCUCCGCUACCAUCGAUCCUUGGAUCAGCCGAAAGAACCCUUGGGUCAACGCCAUUGUUCGUCGAUCUGCAUGGCACGUGUACCGGGACUUGGAGCUCGCUGAAGAGUUCCUACGUCAGCACGAAGACUGGGUCAAGUGCGUUUAUAUCAAGCCAGGCGGCUUGUCGGUGGAUGUGCAGAGGGGCCACAGGCUCACUUUGGACGAUGAAGAAUCGUUUGUUUCGUACCUCGAUAUUGCGGCUGGUAUGAUUGAAACGGCGGAGGACGACGAGGGCAAGUGGGAUAACAAGAAUGUUGGAGUUGUGAAUGCUGGUGGCAAGGCCAAGUUUCCCAGGGGUACGCCAAAGUGCAUUAUCUGUGGAUUGUUGUCGUAUUAUUUUCCUUUCUUGUACCCCUAUUUGCCAUCUGGUACGGGGCCUGCGUAG